CCAAACCUCGCCCAGAGUCAGGCGUGUAACCAGCCAAGCGGCGGCGGCGGCGGUAGCGGCAGGACCGCCGUGGCGCCGGGAACAGAGACCGGGAGGGAGCGCGAGACGUUGGAAGACGCUGGCUUCGGGGACCCGGUGACAGCGCCAGAGGUUCGCAAAGUUUUAACAACAAGUGUGCACCAUGCGUGAAUAUAAGUUAGUCGUUCUUGGCUCAGGAGGUGUUGGAAAGUCUGCUCUGACCGUACAGUUUGUUCAAGGAAUUUUUGUUGAAAAAUAUGAUCCUACGAUAGAAGAUUCUUAUAGAAAGCAAGUUGAAGUAGAUGCACAACAGUGUAUGCUUGAAAUCUUGGAUACUGCAGGAACGGAACAAUUUACAGCAAUGAGGGAUUUGUACAUGAAAAAUGGACAAGGCUUUGCAUUAGUUUAUUCCAUCACAGCACAGUCCACUUUUAAUGAUUUGCAAGAUCUGAGAGAACAAAUUCUUCGAGUUAAAGACACUGACGAUGUUCCAAUGAUUCUGGUUGGAAAUAAGUGUGACUUAGAAGAUGAAAGAGUUGUAGGAAAGGAACAAGGCCAAAAUCUAGCACGACAGUGGAACAACUGUGCAUUCUUAGAAUCUUCUGCAAAGUCAAAAAUAAAUGUUAAUGAGAUCUUUUAUGACCUAGUGCGGCAAAUUAACAGAAAAACUCCUGUACCUGGGAAGGCCCGCAAAAAGUCAUCAUGUCAGCUGCUUUAAUAUACUGAAUGCAUUGUAGCUCUGAGCCAGGUCUGAAAAACUGUUGCCCAAUUCAACAGUGCCAGCAUUCCAACUUUGUUAAACCUACAACAUCUUAAAUGGACUUUCCUGUGGUGGUACCCUUUAAGAGGCGGAUGAAAGCUACUACAUCAGUUUGCACAUUCUAAUCACUUUCCAGUAUCACAAGAGAGAUUUUUACUUAUAUAAUAGCCCUAGAGUAUGCAACUGGUAAAACCAGAGGCUACAUCCAGUAUUACUGCUAAGAGACAUUCUUCAUCCACCGAUGUUGUACAUGUAUGAAAAUGGUGUACUGUAUACUUUAACACGCCCCAUACUUUGUAUUGGAGAGUACAAUAAUGUAAAUCCUAAAAGCACCACUAUUUUAGCAUAAUAAAAGAAAGUCCAAAGAGCUCCUAUAUAGACUACUCCAGAUAACUUUGCUUCUUUGAUACUUGUAGCUUAUUGUAAUUUUUUUUU